CUGUUUUUGAUAUUCAAUUACUGAUGAGCUAGUUCUGAUGCAUCGCAAAAAUGAUUUCUUAGGUUUGAGAUGGAAUAUGAUAAAAUAAUUGUGGUUUGCCACUGUAUUUUGAAUCCGCCAGAUAUUUAAGAUUGAUCUUUUCAGUAUAAUUUGAUGUUUUAAAAAACAACCAAAAGAUAGCAUCUUGAAGUGAUGUCCUCGCUUCCCGAUUUCACUAUAUGCGGAACACUGGGUAAAGCAUGUUCUGGAUUAAGCGACGUUUUACUGGUAAAACGAAUAGCAGAUGAAAGUCUUGCUGCUUUGCGUAUAUUGCCCACCGAAAAGAUGGAUUAUGAGAAGAUAAAGGAAGAAGUGUGGUUUUUGAAAUGGUUGUCUCAUCCGUGUAUUAUUUCGGUUAAUCAGAUAAUUUCUGUGGGAAGUGAUGUUUAUGUUUUCUCAGCCUAUUGCGAUCUCUGUUCAGUUUCACAUGUGGUACAUAAUCAUUAUCCGUGUGGUCUACCUGAAAAAGCUAUUGCUCAAAUUCUUAAAAAUGUCCUGUUAGCCGUACAAUCUAUACGAUGUAGUCAUAUUUUACUACAUUCAACGGGCGUUGUGAAAUUGACUGGCUUUCGCCACUGUAUAUUUUUACGACAUAAUGAGCUGACUGGUGCCGGUAAUGUUUUGCAUAACUUUGACGCCGAAAUUUCCAAUGAGCUAUUGUGGUUGGCUCCUGAAAUAUUGAAACAGGAUUUGUAUGGUUAUGGUUUAUCAUCUGAUGUGUAUAGCAUUGGAAUAACGAUAUGCGAAAUGGCUAAUGGUUUUCCACCCUUUUCGGAUAUGGAUCGGUUACAGAUGCUUUUUGAAAAAAGUAAAGGAACAACGCCACGGCUACUGGAUUGCACAACUCUUCCAAAUAAAGAAGACAUGGAGCAUGAUCAACAAUGUCGACAGCGACGGCGUUUUAGUGAAUCACUACAUAUUAUAACGGAUAAUUGCCUCAAACCGUUACCAGAAAACAGGUGGUCUGUAUCAAAACUCUUGACGCAUCCCUUUGUGAAAUCAAUUAGAAAGAAUCGUUCUUUUUCAUCUCUGCUGCCAGAUAUAAUAUGA